CCGCGUCCCUCCUUAUCCUCAAACUCCCAUCAUCAUGUCGAGUCAAAACUUUGCAGACGAAGAAGCGGCUUCAAUUCCUACGGUCAAGACUAAACAUCUUCGGGCAUGUUUGCUCUGUUCAUUGGUCAUGUCUGGAGGAGAGUUUCGUGCGCGUGGAUGCCCAAAUUGCGAAGAAAUAUUACAACUGAAACACAGCCCUGACCGCAUAUCAGCAUGCACCUCUGUAUAUUUCGAUGGAUUGAUAUCGAAUAUUGACCCAGAAAAUAGCUGGGUUGCCAAAUGGCAAAGAACUGCGAAUUAUGUUCGAGGAGUUUACGCCGUCCGGGUGAAGGGAAGAAUACCUGAAGACGUAGAAGCCGACUUGGAUGCACGUGGCAUAAAAUAUCGUCCGCGAGACCAGACAGAUGCGGAUUGACCUCAAAUACACCGUUUGUCCGUCACUAUCGCUAUCGUGUUCUAUCGCUUUGUAAGUACGAUAUAACGUCUGGUGCUCAGCUUCAAGUACGCCCUACAUGGCACCGUGAAACACCCUCGACUGCUGAUUCCAAUCAAAACAUUUCGCCAUGAUUCUCGAUUUGUAUUUUUUCUUCUCUGACAAUGAGGCUCCUAGUUCAUGGUUUACGUUUACGUGGUUUUCCGGUACUUAGCAGUCCGUUGAGGUCUGCUCCAAUCAGCUGUUUCAACUUAGAAUUUGGCUCGCUAAUGCAUGUGGACGAAAUAACAUUAUAGUCUAAGAACG